AUGGUUCAUAAAAUUAAGUUGCUCUUUUUUAUAAAAAUUUUUACAUUUAUACUUUUAACAUGGAUAUAUCAAUUUAACAGUGAGCUGUGUACCUUCAACAAAUUUGGUGAUAAAAACUAUAAUCCUAGUGAAAAAUUAGAUACAGGAUGUUAUCGAAUACUGGCAAAAGAUAAACAGCAUAAUGAUUCAAAUAAUGUGUAUUCAAAAGAAAAGUUUACAAAUAAUGAAGAAAAUAAUCAAAAAGAAAUAUAUAAAAACGAAAUGUUCAGAAAACGAAAGAGCAUACAGUCAAACAGAAGUAUGUUAAAUAAGGCGCAAUACUAUACAGAAGUUAUAGAUUAUAAUAAUGGAAUUUUUGAUGGAAAACAUUUCCAUUUUCAAAAGAAAUGGAUAAAAAAAAAAAAUUAUGAUACUUUUCUUGAAAAAAAAAGGAGAAUUUGUAAUAUAGCUUUAAAAAAAAUAAGAUUUAGAAAAUACAGAUAUGCGGUUUUUAUGCUCUUUUUUUUUUUCCUUUUGGGAAUAGGAUUACCCAUGUCAUGUAAAUUCGGGCCGCCUUCUGGAGGAGCAGGCGCUAGUAGUAGAUAA